AUGCCUGACAUCCACGACCGAAUCCGCGAUGAAGUCUCCGAUAAAGAACUUGCACUCUGGACAGCUGUUACAUGCGCUGACCCUGCUUCUGAAUUAAUCAAAUUGAGCAACCCAGACGCCAACUUCAUGUUCCCGAAAAAGGAGGUCUUGACCCUGCAGGACCAUGACAAAUUCCGAAAGGCCUUGAGACCUCCAUUUAAUCGGUUCGAUAGUUAUCGCAUCGACGAAGUUCGCAUUUUCAUCAUGGGUCUGAUGGCUGCGACGGUGACCUGCAAGGUUCAUGCCGAAAGGGAGAAUAAGAAGUACACAAUCACCUCGCAUACAACGUGGAGUCAAGCUUCUGAUGGAGAAUGGAGGAUUGUGACUCAUGGGGAAUGCCGUGUAUAG